GCGGAGGAUGAGGAGGAGGAAGGGUGCUGGUCCUCAGAGCCGCUGCAGGUCUGAGCAGCUUCCUGGCCGCUGCAUCCCCCGACGGUCCGGAGCCCUCCUUUCCGGGAAGAGAUGGAUGCGUCCCCGCCGCUGCCCACCCUGAGCCCGGCCGUGCCCCCCUACGUGACGCGGGGGCUGACGGCCGUCUACACCGCCUUCUACUCGCUGCUGUUCGCCUUCGUGUACGCGCAGCUGUGGCUGCUGCUGCGGUACCGGCACAAGCGGCUGAGCUACCAGAGCGUGUUCCUGUUCCUGUGCCUGCUGUGGUCGGCGCUGCGCACCGUGCUCUUCUCUUUCUACUUCGGCAGCUUCGUGACGGCCAACACGCUGGCGCCCUUCCCCUUCUGGCUGCUCUACUGCUUCCCCGUGUGCCUGCAGUUCUUCACCCUCAGCCUCAUGAACCUCUACUUCGCACAGGUUGUUUUUAAGGCCAAGUCCAAGUAUUCACCAGAGCUUCUGCGGUACAGGCUGCCGCUGUACCUCCUCUUCCUGUUCGUCAGCCUGGUGUUUUUGGUGGUGAAUUUAGUUUGUGCCCUGCUGGUGCGGAUGUCCUUCGCAGAGGCGCACACCAUCGUGCUCGUGAGGGUCACAAUCAACGACACGCUUUUUGUCCUGUGCGCCAUCUCGCUCGCGUUAUGUCUUUACAAGAUUGCCAAGAUGUCGCUGGCCAACAUUUACCUGGAGUCCAAGGGGACAUCGGCGUGCCAGGUGACGGUCGUCGGGGCCAUCGUCAUCCUCCUGUACGCGUCCAGGGCCUGCUACAACCUGGUGGUUUUGGGACUCUCAAACAGAAGGAUCAAUAACUUCGACUUUGACUGGUACAACGUAUCAGACCAGGCAGAUUUACAGUCGACUCUGGGCGACACCGGCUAUGUGGUCUUUGGAGUGAUUCUGUUCGUGUGGGAGCUGCUCCCCACCUCUCUUGUGGUGUUCUUCUUCCGGGUUCGGAAGCCCAACCUGGACAGGAGCAGCUCGGGCCUUCCUGGUCACGUCUUCUCCUCCAGGGCGUACUUCUUCGACAACCCACGGCGCUACGACAGUGACGAUGAUCUGGCGUGGAGCGUCAUGCCUCAGAACAUCCAAGCCAGCCUCGCCGCCGACAGUUACGAGUGGGGAAGCCAAAGCAGCGGCAUCGGCGCCUACGUCGAAGGUGACGACAGCUACAGCUGCCCUCCUCCGUCGGAGGAGCUCAGCCAUUACUGACGGAGCUCUGGGAGUCGUCGUGAGCCGCAUCUGUAUAUUUUUGCACAAUCUACUACUGACAGAGGCCCACGUGGUUGAGACUGGCCCUCGACUUUAUUUCAUUUCCUUUCUCGUCUGGAGAGAAACUAACGGACCUUUGUCUCUAUGCCAGUGUAUAAACACCCUGUAAGGGGAAAUUAAUUUUGCACACUCCUUGUACAAAAUAUGAUCUUAAAACUUAAAGCUUCUAGUUUAUAUUGAAUACAGUUAAUAUAUUUCUUGACCUUUGUAAUGUGUACUGUAUUACUAUUUUAUGUACUGUUUUUGAACAUGUUUUUUUCAUACAGAUGUGUUUAUAUAGAAGAUAUAUACAUUUACUUCAUAUAAAAAAGCAUAAAUACUGUAAAAAUGUUAAUUUUUAAUAUCAAACCUAUACUAGUGUAAUAAACUAACAUUGGUUGAUGUUUUACAGAUUUAUACAUGGUCUUAAAUGGUUUAAAUGAAAUAUUUUAACAUUUCCAGGAUUUAAAUUCUGCAGCAAAUACUUGAGAGCAUAUUCUUCUACAUUAAGGCAUUAAAAACAUAUCUUAAAGCUUUUUUCAAAGCCUUUCAGUAAAUGCACUCUAGCGACCUCUAUCGUUGGUUUGGUGGAACAAGACAACUCACCAUCACAGUCAUAGCCAUCCAUGCAGCAUCUACCUGCUGGUUCAUAUUUAGGCUCACAGGGAUCUGCUGGAGUCAGCUCUCCUCGGGUGAAGGUCGGGGUUACACCCGGCCGGCACGGGUCUCCACUCCAUCACAAUGGCAUGCUGUGUUGUUUUAAAUAAAAAAACUGAGGAAAUGAAUUGAAGUAAAAAAAAAAAAUCAGAUUAAAAUUUCACCACCAGGUUUCUUGUGAGUUGUUGAUGUCCUUGUGCCAGCCGACGAGGCAAAGACGGGACAAACUGGAGCUCUACAAGUAGGAUGAUGUGAUACGAGCCAACGAAUUAAGGAUUAGAUGUGACCAAAAGCAGCCCACCAACUACAGUGCCUUGCGAAAGUAUUUGGCCCCCUUGAAUUUGUGACCUUUUGCCACAUUUCAGGCUUCAAACAUAAAGAUAUAAAACU